AUGGGGACGACGGGCUUUGUCGGUGACGACGUGACGAUGGCGAGCAGCAGCCACAAGAACGGCAACACGAACCGUAGCGGCCGUACACCCCGCAGCUCGAUGGUGGCUUCUAGUCUGGCCUCCCCCUCUAUCGUCGAUACAGUCUUUGAUAAUGACUCGCCAGACUUUAUCAACUACCCCGGCCUCAAGUCCAAGGACGCACCCCCCGAGUCUCCCAUCCUUGCCCCUCCACCAGGCCGUGUGCCCCUUCCGUGGGAUGACUGGACGCACGGCCCCUUCUUCCGCCAGUCACUCGUAGACCACAUGACUCGGCGACCUCGCCUCACGCAUGCCGAGGUGCCGACCGGUACCCCAGAGACACCUCCAGAUGCUCUCAGCCCGUGGAUAUCGACUAGUGCCGACUUUAGCUGGGCGGUUUGGGAAGCGGCGCGCCGCCUGGGCCAGUUGGGCGAGUCGUCGAUUGAGAUUGCUCUCGUUGCCCUUGCUCCAGGUGAAACGGCUUCCAAGAACCCUGCCACUGGUGCGAACGGUAUCGAGGCGCCGACGUCUGAUUCUGAGCCUCCUCUCCUUCUCUCCUACGCUGCCACCACCCCAUCCGGAGGAUCUGGCGAGGUCACUUUGGAGCCGCUCAACGUUCUGCGCGACUACCAGCGCUAUGGGACGGGCACGGGUGAUCACGGUCGCAUGACCAACUCUGAGAAGGAGUAUGUCGCCACGGCCAUCUUCGCAUCAGCAAGCUCGCGCGAGGUCCUCUUCCUCGGUCGCAUCUUCGCCCGCAGUGUCGUUGCCAACCUCGAGUUUACACCUUCAACCCUCCCCAUCGCACUCCCAGCUCACUUUUUCAAUCGCUCUCCGGGCCCGAAUGGUGAAGACUGGCUCAACCAGCUCGUGUGGGAUCCUGACCGUGACGAUUUCGCCACGGCAUGCCGCAAGAUCAAGUCGUCCGAGACUCACCAAUGGAGGAGGGGGAAACAUCAAGAGCCUGGCUGGGGAACUAACAACAGCGAGAGCCAGACUCCAAGCCAGACGCUGAGCCGGGGCGCCACCUCAGACCAGAGCAGAAGUGUCACUCCCACCCCCAACAAUGUCCGGCACCCUGCCCAGAAUGGUUACGCGAAGGUGCAGACCACGACCCAGUCUGCAGCGGAAGACACGCUACCUUCCAAGCCCGAACGCCCCCAAGGCUACAGCGGAUGGGGCGAGACAAGCCGUGGUUGA